GUCGAUGAAAUCUAAAAAGGCUUGCGCUUCCUCUCCGAGACUUUAGACACUGUGUUACUCGAUUCUUCUCUAGUGACGAAAAUUAGGGUUUUUUUCUUCUCCCAGAUUUCGAAAACCUCGCCAAGUUCGAUCUUUGAUCACCGAUCAAAUGGUUUCUAAGAAGCGACUUACAUGCAGAGAUGAUUCCGACGACUCAAGCUCGGAUUGCCUCGAAAUCCGACCCAGCGGCCUACCUCUGCCUUCGUCUCUUCUAACGAGGAAGCACGACGACGACAUUUCCGGUACCGAGACCAUGCUCAGGAAGAGAAAACAGGCGAAGACAAUUGCAUCUUCCUCCUCGAAGAUGAUCUGGAGCAAAAACGAAGAACUCGUUAUUCUCGGGAGUAUUGUAGACUAUGAAAAGGAAACCAAAAUGAGCUACAGAUCUGACUGGGAUGGUUUCUACGGAUAUGUCAAAGAUUUCAUAGAAGCGAACUUCUCUAAACAGCAGCUCAUGGAUAAGAUCAAGAACUUGAAGAAGAGGUUUUUAAAUAACCAGGCGAGAUCUAUCAAAGGGAAAGGACUUUCCUUUACUAAUACUGACGACGAUGAAAUCUUCAAAACGUCAAUGAUCAUAUGGGCCACAAAUGAAACAGAGCGUGCUUCUAAUGAGAAUAUCGACCAAGCCAAGGAUGUGCCUUGUGUGGAGCAUGAAAGUGCUGAUGAGAAUGAUGAGAAUAUGGACCAAGCAACUGCAAAGGUUAUUGAUUUGAAUAAGGAUGUGCCUUCUGAGGAGAAUGAGCUGGUUAAUGAGAAUAUGGACCCAGCACAGGAUGUGCCUUUUGCGGAGCAUGCGCAAGCUAAUGAGAAUAUGGAGCAAGAAAAUGAAGAUGUGCCUUACGCGGAGCAUGAACAAGUUGAUGAGAAUAUGGACCAAGAAAAUGAAGAUGUGCCUUAUGCGGAGCAUGAACGAGUUGAUGAGAAUGUGGACCAAGAAAAUGUGGAUGUGCCUAAUGCGGAGCAUGAACAAGCUAAUGAGAAUAUGGACCAAGAAAAUGAUGUGCCUGACGUGGAGCAUGAGCCGGUGAGUGACAUAACUUUGGAGAAUGGUAAAGGUGAGGACGAGGAGGGUGAGGAAGCUGGUGUGGAUGAGAUGGCUACUCUGCAGGAUGCACUUGAGGCGAUGACAUGGUAUCAGAGUUUUGGUCAAUAUCAACAGAAUCGACUGCGUCAGAAUUUAAAGAACAUUGGAGCGCAAAGAAGAAAAGAGCUAGCUGAUGAAUGGAAGGCAUUGCUUGGCGAGGAGAUGAGAUUGUAUGCCAGGAAACUGACUUUAGCCGCAAGGCUUGCAAGCGCAUGAUAUGCUUCUUGAUUCAAGGAUCAAAAAAGUUCAGCUUUUGGGUUGAUUUAGAUGUGUUAGGUUCUUGCUAUUAAUAUCUUUUGUUGUGUUCAAAGCCAUCUUUUAGACUUUCUAAUUACCGUAUGCUAAAAAAAAGUUGUGGCUUCUUUUGUCUUUAGGGUGUGAGUGAUUUUGUGUUAAUCAGUGUGACUCUGUGUUGUAUGUUUCUGUAAUGAAUGUAUAAUAUUUAGUAUCGUUUAGUUUC